CAAGAUGCUGUCAACGAAUGGCGCGGUUACAGCACGCGUCAGCGACCCGGAUGAGGCGAUGACGCUGCCCAAGAGCAUCCUGAACGUGAUGUAUCUGCUUGAUCAAGUUCUUCGCGUGGAAAUCACGGACGGUCGCAUACUGGUCGGCCAUUUUCAUUGCCUCGACAAGGACAAGAACCUGAUUCUCACCGACACCACAGAAUACCGAUACGCCGCGAAAGACAGUACCCCUCCGUCCGUUCGGCAGCUUGGAAUGACUCUCAUCCCUGGCCGACAUGUUGUGAAGAUCGGUCGACAAGUUGAUCCGAUGUCUUCCUGAUGUGUGAGGAUAUGCUACUAACAACUCCUGCGUGAAGAGGAAGGCGUUCAAGUCGGUGAGGCAGCGAUUAGUACAAGUCAAUUAAACAUGCAACGUCGUCUAUGUCAUCCAGCAUCAUGCAACGUAAAGUUACCAAGAGCGAGCCAUCGAGAUUGUGUUUGCAGGGCAUGUAUUGCGUUCCCAUCGUGCGGCCUGCCUUCACGCAGUGUCGUUCUCCACGUGGCCACGUUGUGCCGGACGCACUUUAAUUGAGUAAAUCCGUCACUUCUUUUAAAU